AUGUUCGACUUCAACUAUAUCACGGGGAGAACCCUGGUUAUUCUCAUUACCUUAACGUGUUCGACGAGUAUGAUGCUCUUUGGCUACGACCAGGGAGUAUUGUCGGGGAUCAUUGGUGCCGAUAACCAGUUCGGCCAGGACUUCAACCAUCCCGAUGCCAACACCCAGGGACUAAUUGUCUCUGUUUAUCAAUUGGGAAAUGUGGCUGGGUCUAUCGGCAUCUUCUUCAUCGGCGAUUAUCUGGGUAGGAAGAAAUCGAUCGUCUAUGCGACCAGCAUUAUGCUUAUUGGCGCGAUUCUACAAACUGCUGCCUGCAACCGCGGAAUGAUGUACGCCGCAAGAAUCAUUACCGGAAUUGGCAACGGAGCUAACACGUCGACUGUUCCGGUGUGGCAGGCCGAGACUAGCACAGCUAAGGAGCGCGGAAAACUCCUUGCGGUGGACAGCUGUUUGAUCAUAUUUGGCAUCCUGGUUGCCUAUUGGAUGGACUAUGGCUUUGCCCAGGUUUCUGGGCCCGCGCAAUGGAGAUUCCCCAUCGGUUUCCAGAUGGUAUUCAUCCUCAAUGUCUUGGUUUUUGCGAUAAUCCUACCUGAAAGCCCUCGCUGGCUGCACCAAAAGGGUCGCCAUGCCGAAGGAGAUGCAAUUAUUGCGCGACUGCUCGGAAAGAAUGUGACGGCUGAGGACCCUCGCGUGGUGGAAUUGUCCACGGAGAUCGUAAAAUCCAUUGAACUCGAGUCCGCAGGUGGUCCCUUCAAGACGAAGGAGCUUUUCCAGGGCGGCAAGUUACAAAAUUUCCGCCGGAUGUGCAUCUGCUUCGCCGUGGAUGCUUUCCAACAACUUGGUGGAAUCUGCGUCAUCACAUACUACCUUCCUACAGUGCUCUCGGGCUCUGUCGGCAUGUCGCGACACAUGUCGCUGCUGAUGUCUGGAAUCAUUACCACAGAGUACUUUUUGGCUUCGAUUAUUCAGAUUUUCCUGGUCAAGUAUUUCGAGCGCCGGACGCUAAUGUUCCUUUCCAGCGCGGGAGAGAUAGUCACCAUGGCAGUAUUAGCGGGCUGCGUACGGGACGGUGGCUUUGCUGCUGGUAUCGUGGCGGUCACCAUGAUAUUUGGCUACAACACCUUCUACGCGUUUGGAUGGCUCACGAUUCCUUUUAUCUACCCCGCUGAGAUCACAACGUUGCGGUUGCGUGCCAAAGGUGCGGCCGUGGCCUCGGCCGGCGCAUGGAUCAUUGAAUUUAUCGUUGUCCAAAUUACCCCAUACUGUGUGCAGAACAUUGGAUAUAAAACAUACGUUUUGUUUGGGGUUCUUAAUGCUGGUAUCAUUGUGCCCGUUGUCUAUUGUUUCUUCCCGGAAACCGCAGGCAUGCGCCUCGAGGACAUCGAUCAUAUCUUUGAGGAGGGUGGUAUUACUGGUGGAGUUUUGUCUAGCACUGGCCGCGCUGUAGACCGACGAACCGAUAUUGAAGGAGCGUUCCAUCGAGCGAUACAAACUUCGACCAGAUCCACUUCGCCAUCUCAACUCGAGUCUGAGGUCUUCGAGCAUCACGAAAAGGUGUAA